CUCAGGCUCCGUGCGCUGACGCUUCCUGCGUCGCACUGUGCCAGGCCACCAACCGGGAUGCAGUGGGCCGUGGGUCGGCGGUGGGUGUGGGCCGCACUGCUUCUAGCUGCCGCGGCUGUGCUGGCGCAAGUCGUCUGGCUCUGGCUAGGUUCACAGAGCUUCGUCUUCCAGCACGAAGAGAUCGCGCAGCUGGCUAGACAGUAUGCGGGACUGGACCACGAGCUGGCCUUCUCUCGGCUGAUUGUGGAGCUGCGGCGACUGCACCCAGGCCACGUGCUGCCCGACGAGGAGCUGCAAUGGGUGUUCGUGAACGCUGGUGGCUGGAUGGGCGCCAUGUGCCUUCUGCACGCCUCGCUGUCCGAGUAUGUGCUGCUCUUUGGCACCGCGCUGGGCUCCGGAGGCCACUCUGGGCGCUAUUGGGCUGAGAUCUCGGACACCAUCAUCUCUGGUACCUUUCACCAGUGGAGAGAGGGUACCACCAAAAGUGAGGUCUUCUAUCCAGGGGAGACAGUGAUGCACGGACCUGGAGAGGCUACUGCUGUGGAGUGGGGACCAAACACGUGGAUGGUGGAGUAUGGUCGAGGUGUCAUUCCAUCUACUCUGGCCUUCGCCCUGGCUGACACAGUCUUCAGCACCCAGGACUUCCUCACCCUCUUCUAUAGUCUUCGAGCCUAUGCCCGGGGACUCCGACUUGAGCUCACCACCUACCUCUUCGGCCAAGAUUCUUGACCAGCCGGGCCUGAAGAAGGACCUGUGGGUGGGCAGGCCCCUAUGCAUCUACUUGUUGGAGCCCAUAUGUACAGACAGGAACAUCUUCAUACCAUACA